CCUGAUAGCCCUGCGCCUCAAGACCGGAGUACCUCCAGAGACAUGGGAGGUCCAUCCUCUCGGAAAAAGCGCAACACAAACGAGGGGGCCGUACAGGGCGCGACGGACGAGUCGCCAUGGCCCACAUAUUUUGGCCAGCUGUACAAGGUCUUCAAGGUUUUGAAUACUGUACUCGCUUUCUGCUCUUCUCGAAAGAGCUUGGCCGUGACAUUUCCCGUCAUCCGACAGUCCGCCGAACGUUUGCUGCAAAGACCGUUGGAUCUCGCGCAAGUCGCGGAACUAAAGGCACUUUUACCGCACUUGGUCAAAUUCGCGUAUAUACCGCGAGCACAGCUUCAGAUCCAUGAUCAGACACGGGCGACGGGUCCAGGCCGUGACAGGUCGCCCGACUAUUCUCGCUUCGGCUCCACGGAAACCUCAGUAGCCCCUGUGGUAGCAUCGACGGAUGAAGACGAGCAUGUACUCGUUUUGGACUUUGAAGAUAACUCUAGAGGGCAAAAAAUGAGUAACGGCAUGCUCGCGCCACCUCCUGCACUAACACCUGCAGCCACCAAGAAGCUCGUAGAGAAGCGGAACGAACGUUUUGAACAAGCUGUCCGGGAGUGCGUAAGUCCGUGACUUUUUAUCGAGUAGAUUCCCAAUACCUUCGCAUGGUCAGAUUAAUCGAGGCCACACCAGAGCAUGAGGACCCGGUAACGCUACUCCAAGCAGCUGCCCGCGAGUAUAUACCGAUUGACCCAAACAACCGGACAACGCUAGCAAGUAUCUCUUCCUCUCAAGGCCCCCGUGCAGUCCCAGAACCGGCACAUAGACCUACCAUCGAAUCUGUUCUGGAAGAAGUCCGCAAACAAGAAUGGUACGCGGGACAAAUUGCGUACGAUCGUACUGUUGAUGCCAAGAGCGGUCGGACAGCUACUCUAGACGAACCUCUAUCAGAGCCCCUUUCAUGGGGUCUACGGGAUGCGCGAAAAAUUUCCUCGUUCUACAUACAUCAAGUCGCUGCGAUUAAUGCAUUGGAUCAGGGGAAACACGUUAUCGUGUCUACCAGCACGGCCUCCGGGAAGAGUGUUAUCUAUCAGGUGCCGUUCUUGCGUUUCCUCGAACAGGAUCCCCAAUCAACAGCCAUUUUCAUAUAUCCCACUAAAGCACUUGCGCAGGACCAGAAACAGGCUCUGGAGCGGCUGCUUGCGUCUUGUUCCGGCAUGGAAGAUAUUAAAGUGGCUACAUAUGACGGGGAUACUCCGCAAGAGGAGCGGAGAGCAAUCCGCGAGACGGCCUCGGUCGUCUUUACCAAUUUCGAUAUGAUGCAUUUCUCAGUUCUUCCACACGAAGAAUUGUGGCGCCGGUUCCUGAAGCACCUAAAGCUUGUCGCCGUCGAUGAGCUGCACUACUAUAACGGGACAUUUGGAAGUCAUGUCGCGCAAGUUCUCAGACGGUUUAGACGUAUAUGUGCCGCCGUAGGCAAUCGACAUGCCCGUUUCGUGUCAUGCAGUGCGACAAUAACGAAUCCUGGUAGAUAUAUGUGUCAAAUGUUUGGCGUAGACAACGUCGAAGAGAUCACUGAGGAUGGCGCGCCCUCAGGACAGAAGGACUAUCUCGUGUGGGAUCCGCCGCUCAUCGAUCCUAUGAUCCCGGCCCUUGGACGACACAGCGCGCUGCAAGAAGCAAUCAGGCUGGCAAGAUUUCUGAUGGAAAGAGGCGUCCGCUUGAUAGUAUUUUGUACGAUCCGCAAAUCAUGCGAGAUGUUCUUUAAAGCCCUGCGAGCAGAGCUCACAGCGCAUGGUCGUUUCGAUAUUCUCAAGCGUGUGAUGGCUUAUCGUGGAGGCUAUACUGCGUCGGACCGCCGGCGCAUCGAGCAAGAGGCUUUCGAAGGCAAUUUACUUGGGAUUGUGGCUACCAAUGCGCUAGAGCUGGGAGUUGAUAUCGGUGUUCUGGAUGCUGUCAUGAUGUUUGGCUUCCCUCGUGGAGGGCUUGCAAGCUUUAGACAACAAGCUGGCAGAGCUGGUCGUCGAGCGCGAGAUGCUCUAGCGAUAUUCAUUGCUAGCGACUAUCCCAUCGACAGACAUUAUGUUGCUCAUCCAGAGGAGCUCUUCGACAAGCCUAUCAGCGAGCUUGUCAUCGAUGUCGAGAACGAAGUGUUCCUUGAGGCGCACCUACAAUGCGCCGGGCAGGAGAUGCCUUUGAGCGAGGAGGAUGGGAAGUACUUUGGACCUCUGAUGAAACAGAUCUGUGAGAGUCGGCUAGUCAAGGACGAGGAAGGCUGGUAUCACACGCAUCCGAAAUUCUUACCACAGCCUGCCAAACACAUCUCGCUUCGUGGCGGCAACGAAGAUGAAUACAGUGUUAUCGAUGUCACCAAGGUAGCUCAAGGUGGGACGGCCCGCAUUCUCGAGACCAUGGAGACAUCGAGGGCUCUCUUUGAGCUGUAUGAGGGCGCUGUGUUUAUUCACCAGGGAUUGACGUUCAUCAUUCAGGAAGUUAGCCAUGACUCUAAAAUGGCCAAGCUCAUACGCUCAGACGUCAAUUGGACUACUGAACCAAGGGACUUCACGAACAUUGAUGCCGCGCAGACACAUCGUAUACGUGAAAUUCGAGGUUCGCCGUACCGAGCGUACUACGGGAGAAUCGAUCUGUUCACCUUAGUUUUUGGCUACUUCAAGAUUCGAAACAAGACAAUCAUAGACGCAGUAGACGUCGAGACACCACCUUAUGAGCGAGAGUCUACGGGCGUGUGGAUCGAUGUCCCAAAGCUCACACUCGACAUGAUGCGCAUCCACAGUAUCCACCCCGCGGAGGCCAUUCACGCGGCUGAACACGCGUUCCUGAACCGUUUCGCCCUCGCGCCGGAUAUGGGUACAGAGUGCAAACCCGCGGAGAAGGAGUACAAAGCGACCCCUUCGCAACGGAAACGUCCCGCGAGGUUGAUCUUCUACGAGGUCGCUGGACGCAAGGGCGGAAGUGCGACAAAGGCUUUUGACCACGUAUCCUCUAUUCUCAUCGACGCGCAUGAUACGGUUGAAGCCUGCGAAUGCGAUGAGGGCUGUGCGGCUUGCGUCGUCAGCCCCGCGUGCAGGGAGAACAAUCUAGUCUCGUCAAAGCGCGGCGCCCUCAUUGUUCUCAAAGCGAUCCUCGGCCGUCCGAUCGACGAACACUUGCUCACAGGCCCAGGAAAUCCCGAGAUACAUGAGACAGUGGUGGCAGCCAAGCCCGUCCGCGCCACAGAGGGUGUUCAAGUCGAACAGGCAGACUGAUACAUAUUCUAUUAAUACCAAUAAUGAAGCAAAUAAAUCC